ACGCAGCCGCAGACCGCCUCUUCCGCCCUCUCCGGCGGGGUUCCCGAGCGCCGCAGCCAUGUCGUAUCCCGCGGAUGACUACGAGUCUGAGGCUGCUUACGACCCCUAUGCUUACCCGGGCGACUAUGACAUGCACACAGGAGAUCCAAAACAGGACCUGGCUUAUGAACGUCAGUAUGAGCAGCAGACGUACCAGGUGAUUCCGGAGGUGAUCAAAAACUUCAUCCAGUAUUUCCACAAAACUGUCUCGGAUCUGAUUGACCAGAAGGUGUAUGAGCUGCAGGCUAGCCGGGUCUCCAGUGAUGUCAUCGACCAGAAGGUGUACGAGAUCCAGGACAUCUAUGAGAACAGCUGGACCAAGUUGACCGAAAGAUUCUUCAAGAAUACACCUUGGCCUGAGGCUGAAGCCAUUGCCCCGCAGGUUGGCAACGACGCUGUCUUCCUGAUUUUGUACAAAGAGCUCUACUACAGGCACAUCUACGCCAAAGUCAGCGGGGGACCCUCCUUGGAGCAGAGGUUUGAAUCCUACUACAACUACUGCAAUCUUUUCAACUACAUUCUUAAUGCUGAUGGCCCAGCUCCCCUGGAACUGCCCAACCAGUGGCUGUGGGACAUCAUCGAUGAGUUCAUCUACCAGUUCCAAUCGUUCAGUCAGUACCGCUGUAAGACCGCCAAGAAGUCAGAGGAGGAGAUUGACUUCCUCCGGUCCAAUCCCAAAAUCUGGAACGUUCACAGCGUCCUCAACGUCCUGCAUUCCUUGGUGGACAAGUCUAACAUCAACCGGCAGCUGGAAGUGUACACCAGCGGGGGUGACCCCGAGAGUGUGGCUGGGGAGUAUGGACGGCACUCCCUCUACAAGAUGCUCGGCUACUUCAGCCUGGUGGGACUGCUGCGCCUGCACUCGCUGUUGGGGGACUACUACCAGGCCAUCAAGGUGCUGGAGAACAUCGAACUGAACAAGAAGAGCAUGUACUCCCGGGUGCCCGAGUGCCAGGUCACCACCUACUACUACGUGGGGUUUGCAUACCUGAUGAUGCGCCGCUACCAGGACGCCAUCCGGGUCUUUGCCAACAUCCUCCUCUACAUCCAGAGGACCAAGAGCAUGUUCCAGAGAACCACGUACAAGUAUGAGAUGAUCAACAAGCAGAAUGAGCAGAUGCACGCGCUGCUGGCCAUCGCCCUCACCAUGUACCCCAUGCGCAUCGACGAGAGCGUCCACCUGCAGCUGCGCGAGAAGUACGGGGACAAGAUGCUGCGCAUGCAGAAGGGCGACCCGCAGGUCUACGAGGAGCUCUUCAGCUACUCCUGCCCCAAGUUCCUGUCGCCCGUGGUGCCCAACUACGACAACGUGCACCCUAACUACCACAAGGAGCCCUUCUUGCAGCAGCUGAAGGUGUUCUCGGACGAGGUGCAGCAGCAGGCCCAGCUCUCCACCAUCCGCAGCUUCCUCAAGCUCUACACCACCAUGCCCGUGGCCAAGCUGGCCGGCUUCCUGGACCUCACGGAGCAGGAGUUCCGCAUCCAGCUGCUGGUCUUCAAGCACAAGAUGAAGAACCUGGUGUGGACCAGCGGCAUCUCCGCACUGGACGGCGAGUUCCAGUCCGCCUCCGAGGUGGACUUCUACAUCGAUAAGGACAUGAUCCACAUCGCAGACACCAAGGUGGCCAGGCGCUAUGGGGAUUUCUUCAUCAGGCAGAUUCAUAAAUUCGAGGAGCUCAAUCGCACCCUGAAAAAGAUGGGACAGAGGCCUUGAGUGAGGACACGGGCAGGUCACUGGUGUGGGGUCUCGGACAGCUCCUCCCCGACAGCCAUCAGCCGAGCUGGGAUUCAUUGUCAUUGCAGACUGAGAUGUGGUGUCAGUUGCUCUCAGUAAAGGAUUUCUUUUAUUGAA